AUGAGUGUGCGUUACAACGCUGAAGAGGCUUUAGAGGUGAUUUUCUCACAUGUCCAGCAAGACAACUCUGAUUCAGAAGAGGAAGUAGAGGAUGUAUCCGAAGAAGAAGAUGGAGAGGAAUACAACCCAGAGCAGGAUGAAUCAUCUUCAGAAGAAGAAGAAAACCCUGAAGCUGAAAGUGAGACAUUCCUUUCAAAAAAUGGCAAAAUAACAUGGUCUUCAGCGGCAUAUGACCAACACGGCAGGCAUGCAGAACACAACAUUAUAAAGAUGACCCCAGGACCCACAAGGUAUGCUGUUUCUCAUGCCCAUGAUAUUGUUUCUACAUUCUACCUGUUUAUCACACCAGCAAUAGAAAAAAUAAUCCUGGAGAUGACAAAUCUGGAGGGUUUUCGCAAAUAUGGAGACAGCUGGAAAAAGAUGGAUGAGAUUGACCUCCAGGCCUAUUUAGGGCUGCUAAUCCUAGCAGGUGCAUACAGGUCCCGAGGUGAGGCUGCAGCUAGUCUAUGGGAUGCAGAGAAUGGAAGGCCAAUUUUCCGAGCCACAAUGCCACUCAAAGUCUUUCACACCUACUCAAGACUGAUACGAUUUGAUGACCGUGAAUCAAGACCAGCAAGACGUGUGACAGACAAACUUGCAGCCAUAAGAGAGGUAUGGGACAAGUGGGUGGAGCGGUUGCCCUACCUCUACAAUCCAGGGCCUGACGUAACAGUGGAUGAGCAACUGGUUCCAUUUAGAGGUCGAUGUCCUUUCCGGCAGUAUAUGCCCAGCAAGCCAGCAAAAUAUGGGAUCAAGUCAUGGGUGGCUUGCGAUGCCAAAUCAAGCUAUGCUUGGAAAAUGCAAGUCUAUACUGGGAAGUCAACCAGUGGAUGCCCAGAGAAGAACCAGGGGAUGCGAGUUGCGCUUGAUGUGACAGAGGGACUGAGGGGUCACAAUGUGACAUGUGACAAUUUCUUCACCUCUUAUGAACUCGGACAGCAGCUCCUGAAGAGGAAGAUCACCAUGGUUGGUACAGUUCGAAAGAACAAGCCUGAGCUCCCACCUGCGCUGCUUGCGUCAAAGGAGAGAGAGGUCUUCUCCUCAAAGUUUGCCUUCACGCCCACCACCACUCUAGUUUCCUACCUCCCAAAGAAAAACAAGAAUGUAGUUCUUCUGAGCAAACUGCACAAAGACGGCGACAUUAGUGAUCGUGAGGACAGGAAGCUAGUCAUCAUCCUGGAAUACAACCACAACAAAGGAGGUGUGGACAACCUAGAUAAGGUGAUUGGAACAUAUAGCUACAGACGAAUGACUGCCCGUUGGCCCCCUGUCAUCUUCCACAACAUCAUUGAUGUGUCCUCCUACAAUGCCUUUGUGAUUUGGAGAGAGAUCAACCCAACCUGGCUGCCUCAUAAGCAUAACAUAAGGAGGGUGUUCCUGGAGCACUUAGGAAAGGCACUCGUAACUCCACUCAUUCAAAGAAGGAAGCACAUCCCCCGCACAGAAACCUCAGCAGCAGUUGUGAAAACUAUUCAGAGUGCAGCAGCUCCUGAUCAACCUGAGAGAUCUACCUCAGCCACUUCCCCAGCUAGGGCAACUGAGGAGGAGUUGAGUGACUCGGAUUCAGAUGUCCAAUCUGAAGGGACUCCUAUCAAAAAGAGUCAAAAAGUAUUAAAAAUAGUAAAGAAGCUGAUCUUCAAUCAGAUUGCUCCAGCCCCAGGUUGA